UUUUACAUUUUUAUACGAGAGCCCCCCCGCCGCGAACCCCAUCGGAAUAUCCCCCGCCGGGCCCACCACCGCCACCUCCUCCUCCCCCCCCCCCCCCCAAAUUCGCCGGCCGGUUCCUGAGACCUCGCCGGCGGCGAGCCGGCACCCUCUCGACACCCACGAUGCGCUGCCUCCUCCUCCUCGUCCUCGCGCUCCUCGCGGCGGCGGCGGCGGAUGCCGAGCCCGUUCUCCGCACGGUGACGGGCGUCCCCACGGGAGUGUCCUCCGGCGGCGGCGGCGGGGGUGGAGAAUCUUCCGACGAGCUGUACUGCGACGGAUGGAGGCUGUCGGUGGAGACGGGGAACGCGGGGCCGUGGACCGCCAUCCCCCCGCGGUGCCUGGAGUUCGUGCGCGCCUACAUGGAAGGGGAGCGCUACGCCUCCGACUCCGCCGUCGCCGCCGCGGACUCCCUCGCCUUCGCCGCGCGGGCGCUGGCGUCGGGCGGCGGGGGGGCCAGGCCGGCGUGGGUGUUCGACGUCGACGAGACGCUGCUCACCAACGCGCCCUACUACGCCGUCAACGGCUGGGGAUCACUAGAGUUCAACGAGACCUCAUUUGAUGAAUGGGUGGAUGUAGCAAAGGCACCUGCAUUACCAGCCAGCUUGAAACUGUACAAUGAGCUUCAGGGUCUUGGGAUCCACAUCAUCCUCUUGACCGGUCGAAGUGAAUUCCAACGUAACGCCACACAAGUGAAUCUUUUAUUUGCAGGCUACCAUUCAUGGGAAAAACUCAUCCUGAGGCAAUCCCCUGAUAUUGGCAAGACAGCCGUGCAGUACAAGUCAGAAAGACGAGCAGCACUGGAAGCUGAGGGAUUCAAGAUACUUGGAAAUUCUGGGGAUCAGUGGAGUGAUUUAUUGGGAUUGCCAAUGGCUACGAGAUCCUUCAAACUUCCAAACCCAAUGUAUUUCAUCAGUUGAAUUUAUUAGUGAAAAGUGGAGAAAAUCUGUCAUGUCGCUUGGAACCUCCUUUACUCUUUCUUUUAAGUUCGUAAUGAAUUCAAGAAUCAUUCUUUGGACAUAAUUGCCGAGGAUUUAUCUCUAGACAUGUUGAACCCCUAGUGGGGUUUGGGACCAUGCCCAAUGAUGGCUUUGUAAUGUAUCCUUUGCCCAAAGUCAAAAUAAUUAUGUAUUAGACAAAAUAAUAUAUCUUAUGAAUAUUGCAUCUAUGUACAAACUUGAUGAAAUGUC